ACAAACAAGCCGUAAAUCGUUCUCACAUGACUGCUUAGCGGGAGAGAACGACACAAACGACGAGCAUAAGAAUCAACUUAUGUAUGCAGUGAUCCAUGAUGAAAAUGAUGUCAGUGGGUAUCGAUUCCAGUAGUAACAAAGAUCUGGAUUACAGCCAGUUACUUGCUCAAAACAAGGUUUUGCAGUCUGAGCUUAUUCAAUGCCAGGCUGACAAAGAUUUUGUCUGGUCUCUAUGGAAACGAUUGCAGGUCUCAAAUCCAGAUGUCACUGAUGCUAUUUCACAGGUCUUGCAAAGAGAGAAGGAGAAAGCGGAGGCCAAAGACCACAGGGUUCUGGAGAUUCUGCAGGUGAAAGACGACCGCAUCGAAGAGCUGCAGAACAUCGUCGCUAAACAGGCCCAGGAGAUCAGCGAACUGCUGAGCAGGAAAGUGGAUCUUCAAGAAAAGUGCGCACAGUACCAGACUGAGGUGGAGAGACUACAGGAUGCCGUCACGCCUUUAGAGAUGAAGCUCAAGGGUUUUGAGACCAAAGAGCGUAGUAUGGAUGAGGCCUACAGACGCACAGUUGAAGACAGCCAGCGAGAGAAACAUGAAUUACAGAGAAGGCUGACAGCCUUAACCACAGAACUGGAAGUGGUACGAGAGGAAAAAUCCAGCGUUGCAGAUAAGCGCCUGGAACUGGAACGCACUGUGAGACAUCUAGAAAGAGAUGUUUCAGAAAAAAUCUCAAAAUUUGAUGGUCUUAUUAAGGAGCUAGAAGACACUCGUCUUAGAGCAGAGCGGGCUGAGCGACGGAUUCAGCAGUUUACUCAAGAAGUUGACUUCAAGAAUCGAGAAUUGGAAACUGUCAGGAAAGAGCUGAAGGAAUUAUGGAAUAAUCACAACCAGCUGACAGAACACUCAGCACAGCAGGCAGAACUCAUUCGUCAGCUUCAGUCUUUGCAGCAUGACACACAGAUCAUGAUAAAGAACCAAGAAGAUGCAUUUUCCAUGGAAGCCAACUCCUUGCAGCAGAUGUAUGCUGACAUCACCUCUCGCUAUGAAAAGGCUAAACAAAAUGAGGCUGAUCUUAGACAACAGAUUUUAGAGCUGAAGAAGGACCUGAUGGAUCGUGAUGAUGCUAUAUCCAAACUGGAGGGUCAGGCUAAAAUUUGGAAGGAGCAGCUAAACAACAUGAACCAUGGAGGGAGCUUUCUGGAUGUAGACCUGGCUGCAGCAGAUAGAAGCACCUUGGAAGCACGGCGAGACCUGGCCGCUCUGCGGCAAUUGGAACGAACACUUGGGAAACUGGACCAGUCCAGGGAACAAGAGGGGGAAGAUACUUUGGAGUUUGAUGUAUCAUACACUCAGCAAACUGGUCGCCACUCAACUCCCUCGCGAACCAUUGAUCGAAAACUUGCUGACACUCAGCAACUUUUAGAGUUGAAGUGCAGGGAGUUGGAUGCCAUUAAAAAAGCCCACAGUCGGCGGUUGGAGCGGUUGCGGGCUGUGCAGCACAGUGAGAAGCUUCUUCAAGAACAGCUAAAGCCACAAGAGAAGAAAGUCCAGCGAAGUGACCCAAAGUUGUUACAGAGGGAAGACAGUGAUGCUGUUUGGAAUGAACUUGCUUACUUCAAGUCCCAGAAUCGUAGCCUGGAGGUUGAGAGGCGAAACCUGCAAGAAGAAGUAGAUGAGCUGCGAGUGCAAGCUUCAACAGAUGCAGCAACACAACAUGAGCUGAGAGUCCAACUCCAGGCACAGCAAGAAGAGUUUGAAUAUCAGCUAAAGAAAUGGGAAGCAGCUGGAGAUGUGAAUAACAAGACAGAGAGUGAGCUAGUGAUGCUUAAGUCCCGGCUUCAAAACAGAGACAUGCAUAUUGGGAAACUAGAGAAGGAUUUACAGGAACUGGCAUCGAAUAGGGACACACUCUUGGAGGAGAAGAAAUUUUUUAAGAACCAAGCAAAUGAACUUCAACAGGAGCUGUCUCAAUGUCGGAUUCAGCUAGCAGACCUUCGACAAACAGUCCAGAGGCAGCAAAGAGCGUUGGAAGAAAGCUCACUAGCAAGGACUGUCAAUACUGGUGAACAAAGGGAAGCAAUGGGAACAAGGGAGGCAGUGGAUCCUGCGCCAGAGAUUGCUGCCCCUGUUUCCAAAAGGCAAACCCGACACCGGGCAACACACAAAGUCAGAAAACCUAGACGACCUGCAUCCUCUGUAAAAGAGUACCAGAGAGUGCUGAACAGAAGUAUUGAGAAAAUGCGAAACUUAUUCUCCAGUUUUCAUGAUGAUGGAUGGGAGGAAGUAUCUGAAUCUGGUGCCACAGAAGACUGGGAACUAGAGGAGGAGUGGGAAGGUGACGAUGACACGGAGGUGACUGGAGAGAGUCUUGGUGUUGCCAUUGUUCGACAUGCACACAAUGCGUUUUCUGGGGACUUAAUAGAUUUCACUGAAAUCUCACCAGCAACAGAAUAUGCUAGAGAACCUUCAAGACAGGCAAAGGUAGGAGUCAAGUCAAAACUUCACCAAGGUCCCGUUAAAGCAAAUUUUAUAAAAACAACAAGUAAGGAUGCCCCCACCAGAUCAAGGUCUCCACCUUCCAGAACUCAUGACCACAAUCCUGAGGUCAGAGCAAAGUCGCCAGUGUCACGAAGCAGACGUCAAGACCACAGUCCUCCUGUGAGAGACAGAGUUAUUUUGCGCGAGACUGCAACUUCACCCAUCCCAUGGGGGUCUAUUGCCAGCACUGCGCCACAGACAGGGAAUAAACAGGAGUCUAAAAAUAAUGGACGGCUUUUGGGGGUUCUCCGCAAGCGCGUGGCUCAUCUACAACAGCAACUGUCUGUUUUCAAAGAGUCCAGAGCAGGAGCGUUAAAGAUUCUUAAAGACCUCAAGGAAUCCAAUCUGCAGCUUAGCAGCGACCUUGCUCAGGCCAAUCAGCGACUGCGCAUUGCCAAGCAGAACUGCCAGCGCCUGUCUGGGGAUCUCGAGCGAGUGCAGAAAGAAAAACAAUCUACUGAACAACAGCUGAAGGAGGAAUUGGCAGAUGUUCCAGACAAGCAGCAGGACUGUGACAAGAGACUAUUGGAGGCAAAACUGAAAAUGGCCAACAGUGAAGUAGCCCGGCAAGCCGCCACCAUCCGCUCUCUCAAGACUGAGGUGGACUCACUGCAGGAUCAGAUACGCGCCUGACAGGACAGG